AUGACGACUGCAGGAGUGGACAUGGCGGCCGAUCACGUUAGGGCCGUGCUGGCCGCCCUGGUGAUGCUCAGUGUGUGUGAGGCCAGCGGCCUUGGACCCGCGGCGCAGGGCGAAGCCAGCGAGGAGGCAGCGUGGGUAGAACCGUGGGACGGAUCGGUGUUCCAGCCGCCCUCUCCGCUGGGUGCCGUAGGGGUGUCGUGCCAGCCUGGAGCCCCGCGACCGGAGCAGGAGGAGACUGCGGACUUGCCAGUGCUCCUAUGGUGGAGCCCAGGGCUGUUUCCCCACUUUCCCGGCGACUCGGAGCGCAUCGAAUGCCCGCGCGGCGCGUGCGUGGCUUCCCGGGACCGAAGGAUGCGGGCGGACUUGCGGACGCGGGCGCUGCUUUUCUACGGUACCGACUUCCGCGCCUCGGAGGCGCCACUCCCGCGUCUGGCGCACCAGAGCUGGGCCCUCCUGCAUGAGGAGUCGCCUCUCAAUAACUUCCUGUUGAGCCACGGCCCGGGCAUUCGCCUCUUCAACCUCACUGCCACCUUCAGCCGCCACUCGGACUACCCGCUGCCGCUGCAGUGGUUGCCCGGGGCCGCCUACCUGCGCCACCCGGCUCCUCCGCUCCACGAGCGUGCGGAGUGGCGCCGCUACGGCUACGCGCCGGUGCUCUACCUGCAGUCUCACUGCGACGUGCCCGCAGACCGCGACCGUUACGUGCGCGAGCUCAUGCGCUACAUCCGGGUGGACUCGUAUGGGAAGUGCCUACAGAAUAAGCAGUUGCCGACUGCGCGGUUGCAGGAUACAUCCACUGCCACCACUGAGGAUCCAGAGCUCCUGGCCUUCUUGUCCCGUUAUAAGUUCCACCUGGCCCUCGAAAAUGCCAUCUGCAAUGACUACAUGACCGAAAAACUGUGGCGCCCCAUGCACCUGGGUGCUGUGCCAGUGUACCGCGGCUCUCCCUCUGUGAGGGACUGGAUGCCCAAUAACCACUCCAUCAUCCUUAUUGAUGACUUUGACUCCCCUCAGAAACUAGCGGAGUUCAUUGACUUUCUGGACAAGAAUGACGAAGAGUAUAUGAAAUACCUGGCUUACAAGCAACCCGGGGGCAUCACCAACCAGUUCCUCCUGGAUAGCCUAAAGCAGCGGGAGUGGGGAGUAAACGAUCCUCUACUUCCUAACUACCUUAAUGGCUUCGAAUGUUUCGUCUGUGACCAUGAACUGGCUCGGCUAGACGCAGAGAAGGUCCAUGCUGCUUCUUUUGGGGACAUUCCUGUUCCAGAGCCUCACAUUGCCCAGUCCUCACACAUGGACUGCCCAGUGCCUACACCUGGCUAUGGCAAGGUGACAGAGAUUCCUGAGAAUGACAGCUGGAAGGAGAUGUGGUUGCAAGAUUACUGGCAAGGACUGUACCAAGGGGAAGCCCUGACUGCCAUGAUCCACAACAAUGAAACACAGCAGAGUAAAUUUUGGGAUUACCUACAUGAGAUCUUCAUGAAAAGGAACCAAAAUCUCUAACCUUUACUUUGGAAGACCUAAGGAGUUCUUAUUCCACCAUGGCACAUAAGGAGCAUUCACUGCACAAGUCUCUAAUAAACAUUGUCUUAUCAUGGAUUCAAUUAUAUCCACCAAUAUUUUAUCUUAAUGAUGUGUAAUAAAGUCUCAGCCUAUGAUAAAAGAGCUUCUCUCUCAGCAGAGAGGGAAGCAUCCAGGUCUCCGUUCAGUGGGAAAGAGAAACCUGAAACACUCAUUUGACUCAAGGUGCUGUUUCACCGCUUCAUUUGUGAGGUAAGAUGGGCCCGAUUAUAGUGUAAAAAUUCUGCUCCAUUCUCCAAACCCCUGCUAUUCAGUAGUUCCCCCAAAAUCUCUUCCCAAGCUUUAUGAACUGUUAUGUUUGUGGAAAAGCACAAUCUCUGGUGGGUUUUAUUCCGGUUUUCUUUGUUCCUGAGAUAGGGUCUCAGUAUGCUGCCCAGGCUGGCCUCCAAUUCCUGGGCUUAAACAGUCCUCCCACCUCAUCCUCUGUAUGCAUAGCUGGCACUAAGGUACACACCACUGCUCUUGGCUCAUGGACUUGGGGUUUUGUUAUAUUAUUUUAAUUGCCUUUUGUGUCAGUUUUUUUAAUUAAUUUUUUUUGAGACAGCAUCUUUUUAUGUAGUUCAAGUUGGUUUGAACUCACUAUGUAGCUGAGGCUGGCCCUGAACUUUGGUGAUCCUCCUGCCUCAGCCUCCCAAGUCCUGGGAUUACAGGCAUGUGCCCACCAUGCCCAGCUAAUAUCCUAAUUUUAUUGUAUUUUGUUUUUGUUUUUGUUUCUGAGACAGGGUCUCACUAUGUAGCUCAGGCUGGCCUUAACUCACUGUGUAGUCUAGGCUGGCCUUGAAAACUCAUGGCAAUCCUCUUACCUCAGCCUCCUGAGGGCUGGGAUUACAGGUAUAUACCACCUUGCCCAGCAACAUUUUUAUUUUUAAUGAGUUUUUCUUUUUGGUUUUAGGACCUUUCCCCCAAUUUCAGAUGGAGAUACACAAAUCUUGCCAUCACUGUUAUUGCUAGUUUGCUUCUUAUUUAGAAUUUCUUCUCAUUUUGUGAAUGGGUUCAGUAGCUAAUGUAUGCCAUGUCAGUUUAAUAUCAUGCCCUAUUUUUAAAUCAAAGAUGGAGACUAAGGCUGGAAAUUAUGGCAGAAAAUGUUGAAUAGCUAACUUACACAUAUUACUAACAAUCUUCCAUACAACUUUACUGAGACUUUUUUUUUUUUUUUUCCAUACAGGGGAUUGAACUCAUGACCUUGUACUUGCAGGGCUGGCACUUAUGCUGCUCAGCUAAACCCCUAGCCCCCUGAGACUUAUUUUUUGAUGGAGCCCCACCAUGGUCCUAAACUCAAAGACAAGAAAAGGCAAGAGAAGAAAUUUAAGCCACCACAAGGGAAUGGCCAAAGAAAAGCCUUAGACAGACUUGGGGAUGCAGCCAAACUCUUCUAUUUCUGUAGUUUAAACAUAUAGCCUAAUGAAUGACAUCAUGACUUUUUCAUAGGGUACUGGUACAAGAAAGGAUACCUUGGAAAUUAAAACUGCAGUAAUUAUAAGAUAUUAAUGUAUUAUCACUCAAGAAAUUCUAUAGCUUAUCAAUAUAUCUGAUUAUAAAUUUAUAUAUAUAUCCAUAUCUAUGUCUAUAACUGUAUACACACACACACACACACACACACACACACACACAGAGGGAUAUACACAUCAGGUGCUUCAUCAACUAAGAUCCAUGCUUAAUAUUGUGACAUCUAAGGAUAAGAACAAGAAAAGCUAUAGUUUAGGCUAGAUUCAUUGUCUUUCUUAUUUCCUGUUGGGAAUUAAACUCAGGGCCUUGCAUAUGCUAAGUAUGUGCUCUGCCUUGAACUAUAUUCUUACUUUCAUUUUAUUUUUAAAAAUAUGUCCUUCAUAAUAGUGUGAAGGGUUUGCUUAACCUGUUUGGUCUCUUUUAAAAAAGAAUGAGAGGAGGACAGACCUUCAAAAAUACACUUAUGGGGCUGGGGAUUUAGCUCAGUGGCAUAAGCACUUGCCUUGCAACCCUGUGGUUGUGAGUUUGAUCCCUGGUAUCAGUAAAAAUACAAAAAAAAAAAAAAAAAAAUGAUGGCUGCAUGCCUGUAAUCCUAUCACUGAGGAGGUUAUGGAUCCCUGUGAAUUCGAGGCUAGCCUGAACUGCAUAGCAAGACUGUCUCAAACAAACAAACAAACCACUUGUGCUAUGUGUAGUAGCACAUGCCUAUAAUUCCACCUACUCUGGCAGCUAAGGCAGGAGGAUUGUUGUGAGACUGACCUGCCUGGGCUACAAAGUGAGCUCAAGGCCAGCUUUACCUUUUGAGGUAAAGCUGGUACCUUUUUGAGACUCUGUCUCAAAAAGACAAAACAUUUUUUUAAGAAGGGUUGGGGAUGGGCUGGGGAUAUAGCUCAGUGGCAUAGUGCCUGCCUGGCACUAUGAGUUUGAUUCCUAGUACCAAAAAGGCAAGGUUUGAGGAUAUAGCUCAGUGAUAGAGCGCUUGCCUACCAUGUGUGAAGCCCUGUGUUUAAUCCUCAAAAAUCAGGGAAAAAAAGUUAAAAUUUUAUAUUAGUUGGCACUCACAAAAGAAAUCAUAGGAGUCUGUUUUCUAAGAUUGCAAUCUUUUUCAGAGUCGAUGCUUAUCGACAAUGCAAAACAUAUACUGCACAAGUGCAAAUCUAAAUUAGGACUCAGUUUUGGGUUUUUUUUGAACUGGGGAUCGAACUCAUGACCUUGCACUUGCCAGGCAGAUGCUUAUGCUGUUGAGCUAAAUCCCCAGCCCAGGACUCAGAUUUUAUUAUGUAUAAUGAAACAGGUAAGUGGGGCAGGGGUUAUAGCUCAGUGGCUUAAGCACCUUGGCAAGCACAAGGUCCUGAGUUAUAUUUCUGGUACAAAAAAACAAAAAUAAGCUAAGCGAUAGUUAUGCGAGGCACAGAAUCUCCUUCUCUUUCAUUUAGGACAACUAGUUAUUCCUUUAGCACUUUUUUUCCUUUUUUUUUCUGGUACCAGGGAUUGAACUCAUGACUUCACACUUGCUAGGCAGGCAGUUGUGCCACUGAGCUAAAUCCCCAGCCCCUCCUUUAGCACUUUUAUGUACAAAGUGAGCCACUUGUUCAUGAAUGGUUGUUGCUGGAGAUGUAGGCCUGCUUUGUGCCCAGUGAGUCUCAGACUUUCCCCUUUAUUCUUUUUUUUUUUUUUGGUACUAGGACUCAAACUUAGGACCUGGUGCUUGCCCAGCAGGUGCUGUGCCCCUGAGCUAUACUCCUGGCUUGGUUAUUUUUUUUUUUAUCGGUACAGGGGAUCGAACUCAGGACCGCUUGCUUGUAAGACAGGUUCUUACGCCGCUAAGCUAAAUCUUCAGCCCCUGGCUUGGUUAUUCUUAACAUGUAACUACAGUAGUCACAGAAAAGACAGAGUCAGGUGCUACAAUUCCACCUGGGAAACAACUAGGAUUAACCACACUUAGGGACUAAAGCUUUGCUUUUCUUAUGGGAAGGAAAGCAAUGUGAAUUUUCUCUAGUUUGGGGAUCUGUCUGCUCCAUCCUAUGUAGCAGCAGCGUACUACUCAUUGCAGUUGUAGUUAUUGUUGGUAGAAGUGUCUUGACAGUCAUGUUUUUACUUCUACUGCUGGAAUGAGAGGGUGGAGCACAGGCUGAUGUUUUGAUUGCAAGUAUUGAUAUUUUAUAUUAUCAUGAGUUUUAUUUUGUAUAAUAAACUGCUUUUUAAACAUA